AUGCAAGGACAACAAGUAACCAUCUCUGGUGAAAUUAUCCCUGAAAAAGGUGAACAAGAAUCUAUUUCCCAUUAUAACUCAAGAGGAGAUGGAGAAUUUCACUUUGUAAGAAGAAAAAUAGAUACACCAAAAAAUAAUAAAAUCAGAAAAAAUACUCAAGGAUUGUCAUGGAAACAAAAUGGUUCAGAUACAAAGAUCAAGGAAGGGGAAUUGAUUAUUGGAUACAAGAGAACCUUGACAUUACAAGAUGAAACAAAAGAAGUCAAGUUGUGGGAGUUUACUCUGGCUGAUUCAAGUGGUUCUGAAAAGAAAGACCUUCUACUUAGACAUUUUCUAAGAGACAAGGAAGAUAAUGAUCAAAAAAAGUUGUAUCCCGAUCCUGAAAACAAUAUCUCAUAUACCACCCCAGAUGAUUUCAAUAGAAAUCCAAAGGCAUACACUACCAUCCCAACUCCAGUCAUCAACCAUCAUCCAUACAUUCCACAACAACAUCAUCAUCAUCAUCAUCAACAACACCAAGUUGCCAAUCAUCCGAUUGCACUACCUCCACCAUCUCAGCAGCUGAAUCAAUACAACCCCAAUCCUAGACCAAAUUUAAGAUUCCUAGAGGGUUCAUAUGAUCAAAUGAACAACCAAUCACCAACUGGCAAUUCAAAUAGCAAUGUUAUUUAUACUCAACCGUUUGGACAUCACUCUGGUGGUGCAGGUGGUGGAUACAUUUCAUCUUCAGCAAUGCAACAACAUCAACAACCAUUCCAAUCAACAAACCCAUAUUUCCCAACAUCUGGCAACAAUAUCAAUGAUGGAUAUCAUACUCCUCAUGGUCCAUAUACCUCUUAUAAUAAUAUCCAUACAUCCAGAGGCAACCAAUCCGAUUCCUAUGUUUCCCUUCCACCACCACCCGGUGUUAACAGUCCACAAUUGUCAUCAUCGCCAAGAGACCACUCAUUCAAGGAUCCACAUUCAUCCAACCAAUACUUCUACCCCUCACCAGGUCAACAAACACCACAAACACCCAAUUUCCACAACCUUUCAUCAUCGUACCCCUAUCAACAACAAGAUCAAAUGUCACAUCAUCACCAACAACAACAUCAUCAUCAAAUAUAUCCCUCAUCAAAUAAUAACAGUAAUAAUAAUAACAGUAAUAACAACACACACCAAUCAUCCUAUGGUGAUUAUUCCAACAUGUACAGCCCAAUUCAAACCAACGCCUCAUCAUCAACAACAAACCCACAGAAUCUCAAACCAUACGACCGAACCUCAUCGAUUUAUUCAACCACCUCGCCAAACUAUUCGUCACGAGACGAUAGUACUAGUCAUCACUCAUCCUCAGCCUCGUCCAGUCACCAAUAUAAUAGUCACCACAGCGGUAGUACUGGCCCCAACAGUGGCGGAGGAAGCAGUUCCAUCACCCCUAUUUUAGGAUCAACUCCUCCACUCGCCACAAACUCCACGCCGUCAACAUCAUCAUCCUUUUUCAACCAAUCGCCAUUAAAACUCCACGAAACUUCACUUCAACCCUUCCCCUUUAAAAUGAAUGUAAAUACACCUCCUUUGACCCAAUCUCCCAGUUCGAUGCAUCCAGUCCCAUCAUCAUCUUCGUCACUCAGUCCCUUUGUAUUUGGAUCCAGUGGUAGUCCAGGUAUCUUGCCUCUACCAACCAACAAUGCUUCACCUACACGAGGUAACCGUGAUAUUUUCCCACCCUUUGCUCUCUCUUCUUUUCCAUUCUCUUCGUCGUCCAAUGUGCCACCAACAGGAGAAAGUAGCGGUUCAUCGAUAUCGCAACAAGGAGUAGCAUCUGCUAGCUCUCAAGGUAGUCAACAACACCGAAAGAAGAGAACUAAAAGUGACAGCGAUGAUCCAUCGAGUGGUGCCACAUCCAGUCCAAACAUCUCCACUCCAUCUUUGGGUUCUAUUUGUGCUCCAUUCUCGCCACCAUCUCUAACUACCACCACUACUACCACCACUACUACCACCUCAUCGUACAAUGGUAAUAACAACAACAACAACAGUGGUAGCGGUAGUGGAUCAUCGAAUAACAUGCACUAUCUCAGCAGCAUUAAAUCAUUGACAUCGUCAACGUCAUCCUCUAGUGACAUUGAACAACUACACGAUGACAAUGAAUCUGACAAUAGUCAUAGUAGCAGUGGUGGUGGUGGUGGUCAUAGCCAUUUUAAUCCAAUGCAUCACCAUCACCAUAGUAGUACAACCACUGCCUCUGCUGCUGAUCACUAUCAGAAUAACAGUGGUAGUAGCAGUAACAAUACUGGUGUAGGAUCAUCAUCAUCUUUUACUUCAUAUAAUAAUCCAAACAAAAGAAAAGAAUAUUUUGACUAA